AUGCAGUGCUACACAGAGCUCCUGCCCCCGACGGGAGUCACCCACGCUGUGUCGGCUCCGUUCAUUUCAGCAACGGCCAACAACUUGAUUAUCAUCAGGACCUCUCUAUUGCAAAUCUUCUCUUUGGUCAAAACGUCCUCAGAGACAGCCAGUGACAGCUCGGAGAUUUCUUCAGCUCAAUUUUCUCAGCCGGAGACGAAAUUGGUCUUGGAAAAAGAAUAUCCGUUAUCCGGAACAGUCACUGAUUUGAGCCGAGUUAAGAUCUUGAACACCAAGAGUGGCGGAGAGGCCAUUCUCAUAGCUGUGCGCAAUGCGAAGCUCAGCCUGAUUGAGUGGGACCCAGAGCGCGAUGGGAUUUCCACUAUAUCCAUUCAUUACUAUGAGCGGGAUGAUCUGACCCGCAGCCCCUGGGUGCCUGACCUCAGCCGAUGUGGGAGCAUUCUCAGCGUUGACCCAAGCAGCAGAUGUGCCGUGUACAACUUUGGUAUCCGCAACCUCGCCAUAAUACCCUUCCAUCAAGCGGGUGAUGAUUUAGUCAUGGAUGAUUACGACUCAGAGCUUGAUGGGGAACGUCCAAGUGAGGGUUCUGGCAAAGAACUCGAGCAGAAAAAAGAUGGCCAGAUACACCGAACACCCUAUGCAUCAUCUUUUGUUUUGCCAUUAACAGCACUGGAUCCGUCAUUGCUCCACCCCAUAAGUCUUGCAUUCCUCUACGAAUAUCGGGAGCCCACAUUUGGCAUCUUGUACUCCCAGGUUGCGACGUCCACCGCUCUCCUCCACGAGAGAAAGGAUGUGGUGUUUUACGCGGUUUUCACCCUGGACCUCGAGCAGCGUGCAUCUACAACACUUCUCUCCGUGGCUCGUCUACCGAGUGACCUCUUCAAGGUCGUGGCAUUGCCGCUCCCAGUCGGAGGCGCGCUGCUCAUUGGGUCGAAUGAGAUAAUUCAUGUUGAUCAAGCUGGUAAAACCAAUGCAGUGGGAGUCAAUGAGUUCUCGAGACAGAGUUCUGCAUUUUCAAUGACCGACCAGUCAGACUUGAGCUUGCGUCUCGAAGGCUGCGUGGUAGAACGACUAGGUGGUGAUAGUGGAGAUUUGAUUCUAGCGCUUGCUUCUGGUGACACAGCGUUGAUUAAAUUCAAACUCGAUGGGCGAUCUGUCUCUGGCAUGACUGUUCAUCUUCUCCAGCAGAACGCAGGGGGAAACAUCCUGAAGUCAGCAGCCUCGUGUUCCACUUGUUUUGGAGAUGGAAACGUAUUCUUUGGUAGCGAGGAGGCUGAUUCGGUGCUUCUCGAAUGGUCCCAUACAUCUUCUGCUUCUAAAAAGGCUCGACUUGAAUCCAAACAGGCCGAUGACGGCAUUGACGACCUUUCAGACGAUGAUCAGAUGGAGGAUGAUGACCUGUAUUCUUCGGCGCCAGGGCCUGCACACAACGAUGGCCGCAUUGGCAAUGACAGCUCAACACCUCAAUACUAUAACCUUCGUCUGAAUGACCAGCUUCCCAGCAUUGGGCCUUUGAGAGACAUCACUUUAGGCAAAGCUCUUCCAAAUGUGAGAAAUCCGCAGACAACUGAUGGAAUCGCUGCCGAAUUAGAGUUGGUGGCAUCUCAAGGCUCUGAUCGAGGCGGCGGCCUGGUCGUCAUCAAGCGUGAGAUUGACCCCUUGACAAUCAUGUCUUUGGAAGUCGACGACGCAGAUGGAGUUUGGUCGGCCAGUGUCACUACAACUCAAGGGAAAGGAGCACCCAACACAGUUGAACAUCAAACUCGGCAAUAUGUCAUCACUUCGCGACUUACAGGGCCCGAUCAGGAGGCGAAUGACAUCUACUUAGUGGAAGAUCAAGGCCUCAACUCUUUCAAGGCAUCCGAGUUCAACCCCAACGAAGAAUGUACCAUCGAGAUAGGAUCUCUGGCUGGCGACACUCGUCUAGUUCAGGUUCUGCGGAACGAGGUCCGAAGCUACGACAUAGACUUGGGACUCUCACAAAUCUAUCCUGUCUGGGAUGAAGAAGUCAGUGAGGAGCGCGUGGCUGUCAGUGCAAGCUUCAUUGAUCCCUACCUCAUGAUUAUCCGAGACGAUGCGUCUGUGCUAUUGUUGCAGGCAGAUGAGAGUGGAGACCUUGACGAGGUUUCGCUCCCAGAUGAAAUCAGCACAUCUCAAUGGCGCUCUGGCUGCCUUUAUCAUGAUAAACUCCAAGCAUUCGAUGCGGAAGGUUCACCCUCAAAGGACGCAGGUAAAAAUGAGAUGCUUUUGUGUCUCUUAGACCCAGAGUGCAGGUUAUCGUUAUUCCGACUUUCCGAUAUGAAGUUGCUCGCUGUCAUCCAAGGCGUCGACUGUUUACCACCCGUCCUGUCCACCGAUCCCCCCAAACGAUCUAAUAUACGAGAAACUCUUUCCGAAUUUGUGAUCGCAGAUCUGGGUGAUACAUCGACUACUUCACCCUAUCUCAUAGUUCGGACUGACAACGAUGAGCUCAUCAUCUACAAACCAACAUUCGUCCCCACAAGUACUGAUGGGGAAUCAACGCGUCGCCUACAGUUCUUCAGACAACCAAACAGUGUCCUCCCAGACACUUCCUCGCAAACUGACGAUCAACAGCGCUUCAGGCCUAUGAGAAUUCUCCCCAACAUCUCGGGCUUUAGCGCGGUCUUCAUGCCUGGAGCCUCACCCAGCUUUAUCUUAAGAACGGCCAAAAGUCAACCACACAUAAGUCGUCUCCGAGGAGGCUUCACACGUUGGCUAAGUAGCUUCGAUUCAGCCGAAGCUGGCUGUGAAGUUGGAUUCGUCUAUGCGGAUUCUCAGAACGUCGUACGCGUCUGUCAAUUGCCCCCACAGACUCAGUUUGACUACCCGUGGCCAUUGCGCCAAAUUCCACUUGAAGAACAAGUUGACUUCCUGGCUUAUUCAACAUCUUCUGAAACCUAUGUUAUCGGCGCCAGUCGCCCAGCAGACUUCAAGCUACCGGAAGCCGACGAUUUGCAUCCCGAAUGGCGCGGAGAAGAGCUAUCGUUCUGUCCCCAGAUUCCCGAAAGCUCAAUCAAGGUCGUCAGCCCAAAGACAUGGACCAUUAUUGACAGCUACCCGUUGGACGCGGAUGAGCAAAUCACAGCAGUGAAGAAUGUGAACAUUGAGAUUUCGGAAAAUACACAUGAGCGCAAGGAUCUCAUAGUCGUUGGAACGGCUAUUGCCAAGGGCGAAGAUAUGCCAUCCCGCGGAACGAUCUAUGUCUUCGACGUGAUCAACGUGGUCCCAGACCCUGAGAAGCCCGAGACCGGUCGGAAGCUGAAACUAAUUGGCAAGGAAUCUGUCAAGGGCGCUGUGACCGCUCUAUCUGGCAUUGGCGGACAGGGAUUCAUCAUUGUAGCCCAAGGACAAAAGUGUAUGGUCCGAGGCCUGAAAGAAGACGGAAGUCUCCUCCCCGUCGCUUUCAUGGACAUGCAAUGCUACGUGAAUGUCGCAAAAGAGCUCAAGGGAACGGGCAUGUGCAUCCUGGGCGACGCCGUCAAGGGCCUUUGGUUCGCCGGCUAUUCAGAGGAGCCAUACCGGAUGUCCCUGUUCGGUAAAGACCCCGAAUACCUGGAAGUAGUCGCCGCAGACUUCCUCCCAGAUGGAAGCAAACUCUACAUGCUAGUCGCAGACAGCGACUGCAAUCUGCAUGUCCUACAAUAUGACCCCGAAGACCCCAAGUCUUCCAACGGUGACCGCCUCCUCAGCAGGAGCAAGUUCUACACAGGAAACUUUGCCACGUCUGUGAUGCUCUUACCGCGUACGCCCGUUUCCUCCGAACUUCUAGAACCAUCAGAGGAAGCAAUGGAUGUGGACGAAACACACGCCAAGCAUCAAGUCCUCGUCGCCUCCCAGAACGGAUCCUUAGCCCUCGUGACAUCAGUGGCUGAGGAAUCCUACCGCCGUCUAUCUGCGUUGCAAUCGCAGCUCGUCAACACCGUCGACCACCCAGCUGGACUCAACGCCCGCGCGUUCCGAGCCGUGGAAAGCGACGGGGCCGCGGGUCGGGGCAUGGUCGAUGGGAAUCUAUUACGCCUGUGGCUGAACAUGGGCAAGCAGCGCCAAGCCGAGAUUGCAGGCCGGGUGGGUGCGACGGAGUGGGAAAUCAAGGGAGAUUUGGAGAGUAUUAGCGGCGACGGAUUUGGGUAUCUAUGA